CGUGAUCACGUGACUGCAAGAUGGCUGCCUUCCUGCAAUGGAGACGGUUCGUUUUCUUCGACAAGGAGCCGCUGCUGGAGCGGGGGGAGGCGGCCGCCGCCGAGUUCCGCUGCCCCGGAGACUCGGCCAUUAGCGUCUGCACCAGCGGCAGGGGCAGCCUUGUGCUGGGGGAUAUCCUUCACCUGAGCCCGGGGAGGGGAGGGGAUGGGGUCACUGCUCACCCUCCAAAGUCAAAUAUUGACCAUGUUCUCUGCUCCUGGAGAAUAACUGGUGUUUUGUGUUUAUGGCUGGUUUUCUAUGAAAACACUUUGAUUUGUACAAGAAAUUUGCAGUUUUGUCAGUUGGAGUUAAUAAUAAUGAACUGGAUUCUCAAUAAACUAGGAGUUCGUGGACUUCAAUAUUUUUAUUUUGUUUUUACAUUCCAGGUGAAGGUCUGGAAUCUGGAGAAGCGGGAUAGCAGUGGGAAUCCUCUCUGCACACGGAUCUUUUCCGCGAUUCCUGGCAACAAGCCCACAGAAGUCUCAUGCCUCACUGUCCACGAGAACCUGAACCACAUGGCAAUUGGCUUCACGGAUGGGAGUGUUGUCCUGAAGAAAGGAGACAUUACUCGUGACAGACACAGCAAGACUGAUGUUCUAGCAGAGGGGACCUACCCCAUCACUGGUCUUGGAUUCCAACAGUCUGGGAAACAAACCCAUCUCUUUGUGGUUACAACAGAGAAUGUCAAGUCGUACAAUGUUUCUCUGAAGGAGUUCCCUAUGGUGGAGCUGGAUAACCAUGGCUGCAGCCUACGUUGUUCAGCCCUCUGUGACCCCUCGCAGGACAACCAGUUGAUUGUUGCCGGCGAUGACUGUGUGUAUCUUUACCAGCCUGAUGAGCGUGGGCCCUGCUUUGCUUUUGAUGGCCAGAAGCAGAUUGUGCACUGGUACCGUGGCUACCUCCUCAUCGUGUCGCAGGAGAAGAAAGCCUCCAAGACUGAUCUUGUUGGAGGUAAUGAGCAGUCGUCAGAGAAGCAGAUUCUCACCAUCUAUGACCUGGAUAACAAAUUCAUUGCAUACACGGCAGCUUUUGAUGACAUUGUGGAUGUGUUGUCUGAGUGGGGCUCACUGUAUGUGCUGACCAACAAUCGUAAAAUCAGUGUUCUGCAGGAGAAGGACACACAGACAAAACUUGAGAUGUUAUUUAAAAAGAACCUGUUUGUUAUGGCCAUCAAUUUGGCGAAGAGUCACCAUUUAGAUAACGACGGACUGGCAGAUAUCUUCCGACAGUACGGUGACCACCUGUAUGUGAAAGGGGAUCAUGACGGUGCCAUACAGCAAUAUAUCCGCACCAUCGGGAAGCUGGAGCCAUCAUAUGUGAUACGGAAGUUUCUGGAUGCGCAGCGGAUCCACAACCUGACAGCAUAUCUUCAGGCCCUGCACCGUCAGUCACUGGCCAAUGAGGACCACACAACGCUUCUACUCAACUGUUACACGAAACUGAAAGACAGCUCCAAACUUGAGGAGUUCAUCAAAACCAGUGAUAAUGAGGUCCACUUUGAUGUUGAAACUGCAAUCAAGGUGCUGCGUCAGGCAGGUUAUUACAGACAUGCUGUCUAUCUGGCUGAUAAACACUCUCACCACGAGUGGUACCUCAAGAUCCAGCUCGAGGAUAUCAAGAACUACCAGGAAGCCCUGUGCUACAUUGGGAAGCUGCCCUUUGACCAGGCAGAGAGGAACAUGAAGAAUUAUGGCAAGACACUCAUGCACCAUGCUCCAGAUGAGACCACUGAGCUGCUGAAAAUCCUGUGUACAGAUUACAGAGCCAGCGGAGAGCUACCAGCAGAGACAGAAUCUGCAGGAAGAAACAAGAAUAAGGCAAACUCUGAGGAGUUUAUUUCAAUCUUUGCCAACAACCCACGGGAGCUGAAGAAUUUCUUGGAGCAUAUGAUCCAGGUUCAGGCGAACUCCCCACAGGGUGUGUACGAUACUCUGCUCGAACUCAGGCUGCAGGACUGGGCCCAUGAGGAGGAUGUUCAGGUGAAGAAGCGACUGCAGGAAGAUGCGAUGAGUCUGUUGAAGAGUGGUUUAUUUAAAGCUGUCUUUGACAAGGCGUUGGUGCUGUGCCAAAUGCACAAUUUCAAAGACGGAGUGUUGUACCUGUAUGAGCAGGGCCGACUAUACCAGCAGAUAAUGCAUUAUCAUAUGCAAAACGAUGAGUAUGCCAAGGUGAUCGAGACAUGUGAGCGGUACGGGGAGCAAGAGGCCUGCCUCUGGGAACAAGCACUUGGAUACUUUGCACGGAAGGAGGAGGAUUGUAAGGAAUACAUCAGCAGUGUGCUGAGGUACAUCGACAGGAACAACCUGAUGCCUCCCCUGCUGGUUGUACAGACACUGGCUCACAACUCAACAGCCACACUCUCAGUCAUUAAGGAUUAUCUCAUUAAUAAGCUACAGCAAGAAAGUGACCACAUUGCUGAAGAUGAGCGAAGGAUCAAACAAUAUCGCGAAGAAACCAAGAAAAUCCAGGAGGAGAUUGAAGAACUAAAAAGCAGUGCAAAGAUCUUUCAGAAACCCAAGUGCAGCAUGUGUAACAGUCCCCUGGAACUGCCCUCUGUCCACUUCCUGUGUGGCCACUCCUUCCACCAACACUGCUUUGAGAGUUAUGCAGAGCAUGAUUCGGAAUGUCCAACCUGCAUGCCUGAAAACCGGAAAGUAAUGGACAUGAUCCAUGCCCAGGAACAGAAGCUGGAUCUUCACGACAAGUUCCAACAUCAGCUGAAGUGUUCAAAGGAUGGAUUCUCAGUCAUUGCAGAUUACUUCGGCCGUGGGGUCUUCAAUAAACUGACACUAAUCACAGACCCUCUCCCUGGGAGAGCAGGCACUGCAAACCUUGAUGUGGGACUCCAGAGGGACUUGUUGAUACACACAAAGAGAACAUCUUAAGGACACAAACCAAUACCUGCACCUUUAUCCAACACUUUUUAAAAACUCAUGUUGAACACCUAUAAUCAUGACUCAGUGACAGAGACUUCAGUGAUGAGUCUGUGUGUUUGAUGUGAAUCACUGAAACCACAUUUAAUUGAAUGUGACUCUCAAUAAGCAUUGACCAUGGAUUUAACCACUGAGGGCCCUGAUACUAUGUUACUAUUGACUGGAGAAAGACCAAUCCCUCCAGCUCCAUAUUGGGAGAAGGCUGGCUCCAUUAACUUUAAGUUGAAAGUGAUUUCGGAGUACACAUUGCCAUGUACAGAGUGAUACUGGGUCACAAAUCCAGUAAGAUCCAUAAAGGAGGAGUGCAUCACUUAUGCAUCAGGGAUGUUCCGGGUGGUAUGCAGCUGAACUGUCAAUUGGCUAAUGUUAGAUUAUCUCAGUUUGAGGUUUUACCUCAUGGGGUACCACCAAAUAAAUACUCAUUAGUGACAGUUCUGUGAAAUGCUUCUCCUCUUCCCUGGCCGUUGACCAGAACACUGGAGAAAAUCCUACAAAUCAUGACUCUAAUGAUUGCACCAAACUCCUCUGCAUUAAAUCCAUCCCCUUCAAUCAAUGACUCUGCCAAUGAAAUAGAACCACAGCGCCUAAUGUAGGAGAUACCUCCUCGCAGUACUGGGAAGCAUGAAUAAUGUUUUCUCCUCCAAUCACCUGACUUAAAGUGCUUGAUGUUGGCCAUCAUUAUUUUGGCAGCAGAGAGGAGGGUGCAACUGUGAUGAUUGUGUUCUGUAUGACUCUGCCAAAGCAGUUUAGCUCUCUUGUGAUUCAGCUUCACAUGUUUUCUAGUGUGUCUCUGACCUCGCAGCAUUGUGAAAUGUACCACUUCCUUCUUACUUUCAUAUCUUCCCCAUCAGGAUCCUUCCUGAUUUAUUUGUGACACACUUACAUCCAAUUCUUGUAUU